UUGGGCAAUUUUAAUUGGCCAGCUUGUGAGGAUACAGAUAACAAAACUGGGUCGGCAACACAGGGGAGAAAAAAGGUCGCUGACUGGUUCAAAAGGGUUUUGAUUGGAUUAGGAGGAGGACAUGAUAGAAAGAAGAACAAAAGAUAUAACUUAAUAGGACAACGCCAUUGUUUUCCAACAUAAGCGCGUUAAAGUGAACGAAUACCCAGUCUAAGAUUUCCCAACGUUUAUCAUUUUACUCGGCAAAUAUCCCUACCCCUAUCAAAUAUAUCAUUUUCUUCCACCUCUCUCUCUCUCUCUCUCUCUCUCUCUCUCUCUCUGUGAAUAUAUAUAUAUAUAUAUAUGUGUGCGUGUGUGUAUAUUAUGAAUCGUACCAAAUAUGCGUGCUUAAGCAAAAACCAUAUCGAAUUACAAACUAUACAACAAAAUGGAGGAACUUCCGCCGGGUUUUCGAUUCUACCCAACAGAAGAAGAGCUGGUUUCCUUCUAUCUUCUCAACAAGCUGGAAGGGAAGCGGCAAGAAAUCGACCGUGUCAUCAAAAUUGUCGACAUUUACAACAUAGAGCCGUGGAACCUCCCACAAUUUUCAGGAGAGCUGUGCCACGGUGACACUGAGCAAUGGUUUUUCUUCACACCGAGACAAGAAAGAGAAGCCCGAGGUGGGAGACCCAACCGCACCACAGCUUCUGGAUAUUGGAAGGCAACAGGCUCACCUGGUUAUGUCUACUCGUCGGAUAACCGUGUGAUUGGAGUAAAGAAAACCAUGGUUUUCUACAAGGGUAAAGCUCCUACAGGAAGAAAAACUAAAUGGAAAAUGAAUGAAUACAGAGCCAUUGAAGAAGAAGGCACUUCAACUGGCAUUACCACCCCCAAGUUGAGGCAUGAAUUCAGCUUGUGUCGAGUCUAUGUCGUAUCGGGGAGUUUUCGAGCAUUUGAUCGCCGCCCAUUAGAAGUGACAAGUGAGACACAACAUCAAGGUGAUACGGCUGUCACGUCUUCUCAAAACACAGCGAUGGAGACACAACAUCAAGGUGGUACCGCUGUCACGUCUUCUCAAAACACAGCGAUGGUGCAGAAAACAAGUUCACCUGAAACCUCAUACUCAGGAGGAGACCGAGCUGAUCCCAGAGAAGCUGGAGGAAGUACUGAUUGGGAUAUGAAUGAUGAUCUAGAACAACCACUAUGGGAAUGGGAGCAACUUAACUGGCCCUAAACAAAGCUCUAUCUGCACCUGCAGCAAUCUUCAAUAACAGUGGGGACUCUUUUGUGCUCUGAUGAAAACGCCAGGCAUGACUUUAGAUAUAGUAAGAUUUCAAAUUUUUUAUUUUUCCUGGUUAGAUAGUGAGCUAGCUAGCCAAAUCCAAACCAUUCUUAAUUUGUAAAAUAGGAUUGUUUCCGAUAAGAGUAUCAAGAUGCAUAUAGAAAUGUAUCAAACUAAAUUCUAGGCUUGUUGAGAACUUUUUUGGCUUUAUUCAGUUUGAAGAUGACAUCACUUAUUUUUGAAAGAAUCAGUACAAAAUUCAAAAUCUA